UCCUUGAUUUCCACUUUUAGCCCGAGAAGUGAGAGUGCAACUACCGAAAGCAACCGACAGGUUUAUAUUACACACAAGAACGAUCAUUCCAUGUCUCAAUUCUUCUUCCCCCACUCCCCUGGAUCUGAAAGCAGAGCGUUCUUGAUUGAUUUCACGAUGGGCAGAGUUGCUGUUGGAUCCCGUGCAAUCCGUACACUUUUCAUAUUCACAAUCAUCUCCAUUCUGCUCUUUUCCGACAAUGCUGGCUGCUUCUAUCUCCCCGGUGUUGCCCCCCAAGACUUCGAAAAGGGAGAUCCAUUGAAUGUGAAAGUGAACAAACUGACUUCUAUAAAGACUCAGCUUCCUUACUCAUACUAUUCUCUUCCUUUCUGUCGCCCAAACACUAUAAUUGACAGUACAGAAAAUCUUGGAGAAGUACUUCGUGGGGAUCGCAUUGAGAACUCUCCUUAUGUGUUUAGGAUGAGGGAACCACAAAUGUGCAAUGUUGUUUGUCGGCUCACGUUUGAUGCCAAAACUGCAAAAGAUUUCAAGGAAAAAAUUGAAGAUGAAUAUCGUGUCAACAUGAUUUUAGAUAAUCUUCCUUUGGUUGUUCCAAUUCCAAGAUCAGCACAGGACGGUCCUCCAAUCUACCAGCUCGGUUUUCAUAUUGGGCUGGAAGGGCAAUAUGCUGGUAGCAAAGAGAAAAAGUAUUUUCUCCACAACCAUUUGAGCUUCACAGUCAAGUUCCACAAGGAUCAGCAAACGGAUUCAUCAAGGAUUGUUGGUUUUGAAGUCACGCCAUAUAGUGUCAAGCAUGAAUAUGAAGGAGAAUGGAGCGGCAAUACUCGCCUAACCACAUGCGAUCCUCAUGCCAAGCGUUUAAUUACUUCUUCCAACUCUCCCCAAGAGGUUGAAGAUAAACAAGAAGUCAUAUUCACUUACGACGUUGAAUUCCUGGAGAGCCAAGUGAAGUGGGCAUCAAGAUGGGACACUUAUCUUCUAAUGGCUGAUGAUCAAAUCCAUUGGUUCUCCAUAGUCAAUUCUCUGAUGAUCGUACUCUUUCUCUCGGGCAUGGUCGCGAUGAUAAUGCUGCGGACACUUUACCGAGACAUCUCCAAGUACAAUGAACUUGAGACCCAAGAAGAGGCCCAGGAAGAAACAGGAUGGAAGUUAGUCCACGCUGAUGUCUUCAGGCCCCCAACCAACUCAGAUUUGCUCUGCGUCUAUGCUGGAACAGGCGUACAGUUCCUGUGUAUGAUGCUAGUCACUAUGAUCUUUGCUGUCCUCGGAUUUCUUUCCCCUUCAAACAGAGGUGGUCUUAUGACAGCCAUGUUAUUGCUAUGGGUAUUCAUGGGAAUUUUUGCUGGUUAUGCUGCUGCCCGUCUUUACAAAAUGUUCAAAGGAACGGAGUGGAAGAAAAUCGCCCUCCGAACCUCGUUCAUUUUCCCAGCAACAAUCUUUAGCAUCUUCUUCGUACUCAAUGCUCUCAUUUGGGGCCAGAAAUCUUCCGGGGCAGUCCCUUUCGGAACAAUGUUUGCUCUGGUCUUCUUGUGGUUUGGUAUUUCAGUUCCACUCGUCUUCGUAGGCAGCUACGUUGGAUUCAAGAAGCCAGCAAUCGAGGACCCCGUAAAGACCAACAAAAUCCCAAGACAGAUCCCACAACAGGCCUGGUACAUGAACCCAAUCUUCUCAAUCUUGGUUGGAGGCAUACUCCCAUUCGGAGCUGUUUUCAUCGAGCUCUUCUUCAUUCUAACCUCAAUAUGGCUGAAUCAGUUCUACUACAUCUUCGGAUUCCUCUUCAUCGUCUUCAUCAUCCUCAUCAUCACCUGUGCCGAGAUUGCAGUCGUGCUCUGCUAUUUCCAAUUAUGCAGUGAAGACUACCUCUGGUGGUGGAGGUCAUAUUUGACAUCUGGUUCCUCUGCACUAUACCUGUUCCUCUAUGCAACUUUCUACUUCUUCACAAAGCUUGACAUCACUAAGCCUGUUUCGGGUGCUUUGUACUUUGGGUACAUGCUGAUUGCUUCGUACGCGUUCUUCGUGCUAACGGGCACCAUUGGUUUCUAUGCUUGCUUCUGGUUUACCAGGCUGAUUUACUCUUCUGUCAAGAUUGAUUGAGAGUGCAAAACUGUUGUACGAGAAGAGGGUCUAUCUUGUAGGAGCAGCAGAAAACCAGGCAAAGAGAAUUCAUUCAACUCAAAGUUCAUGUACACUCGCAAAUUUUUUGAACUGAAUUAUUAUGUUGAUUAGUUGUAGAUUUGUAGUGGUUCAUUUUCACUGUUUGUAUUCGAUGCUAUCUUAUUAGUUUUGUGAAUCAGGUCCAAUUCUUGCCAUCUUUACGAUGCGGUCUUAUAAUUCGGGCGCUUUUGUAAUAUCAAGAACAUGAACAACAAUAAUAACAACUCUGUUAUUUGAGCAACCGCAGUACUACAUUUUUCACAAUAUACAACGUAGUAAUAACAAAAUCCCAGAUCCCCUAUUUUCGUUGGCGCGUUUCAGCCGGAUCAGUAGCACCCGCCGGGGCUCGAGGGACGUCGAGGUGUCUAGCUUCAGGCUUCCUCCUGCCGUACAUGUACCAGAGGCCGCCGGCCACCGCGAGGCCUGCUACCGCCAUG